AUGAGAGCCGAUCUUGAGUCUGCCCGCAUCAAAUCACUGCCGAACGAUGGCUUCUACAUAGCGGAUUUCAUCUCGGAGGAUGAAGAGGAGUUUCUCCUCCGGAAGAUAACGACUGCGCCGUUACCCCGCUGGACUCAUCUAGCUCACCGGCGUCUUCAAUCCUGGCCCUCGGCUCUGACCAAAUCGAACGCGCUCAUCUCCUUCCCGUUGCCUUCUUGGCUCGUCUCACCCAUCAUCACCCCUCGCUUCGACUCCUUGGGCCUUUUCGCCGACGCCCCGCACCGCGCCCCGAAUCAUGUUCUGGUAAAUGAAUACCGCCCGGGACAGGGCAUAAUGCCGCAUGAAGACGGUGCUGCCUACUACCCGCUCGUAGCUACUGUGAGCCUGGGAGCUCCUAUCGUGCUAGAUCUGUACGAGAAAAGUGAGGACGGCGAUGGGAACGGACAUGGCCGGCGUCCGGUGUAUAGGAUUCUGCAGGAGAGACGCAGCCUGCUCGUUACCACGAAGAGUAUCUAUACCGACUUUCUGCAUGGGAUUGCAGAAACCUCCAGGGAUGAAGGGCUGGGCGCAGAAUCCAUCUGCAACUGGGAUCUGUUGAGGGAGCCAGAAAGGUAUGAGUGCGGCUGCCUGGAGAGGGAGACUAGGAUAAGCUUGACUUAUCGAGACGUGCUCAAAGUUGCAAGUCUCGGGAAUACGAUGAGGUUUCUGGGCAGUCGGUGA